GCAAUCGACUCUAUCUACAAACAAUUCAUUGAAUUUGAAACGGGCCUGAAAAAUAUUCAAUUCCGACUCUGCAGAAGUCUGUAUCCAUGAUAUUUCUCUUCGCCUCGGUCAUCUAGAUUGCAACCAAGAUGUUACAUGACUUAUUGAUGGCUCUGAAUGGAUUUCCUGGGGGUAUUUUUAUGGAACAUGGGCACAGUGAUCUACAGGUUGUUCCAGAUCUUCCUUUUAUCCAUGUGAGUGAAGUGAGUGUACUCAACAGAGUUUGUCGUUUAGGGGCUAUUUAUAAGAAUCUCCAGACCUUCAUCAAAAGAUACAGUGGCAGUCCUCACUUAGGGGAACAUAAUCAAGAAACUAAGUCAGUGGAUAGACUUGCUGAUGGAUUGUAUCUCAGGACAUUCUGUUCAGGUUUAGACAAGGUCCUGGAACCAUACAGAAAAACUCUAUUAGACCUGGAACAGGAUAUUUUAGCGGACCCUAACCUGACUGUAGGUCAUGUACAACACACCCUGGAGCCAUUCCAGUCUCUGUUCCCGGCCCUAUUAUCACUAGCUCAACAGAUCCAGACCCAGGGCUAUCAUGGAGGCCAGAUCCUAGACCUACUACAGAGGCACUGUGAUUGUGGUCAGCCAGUUAUUCAGAAAGCAUUACAGAAAAUCUUAUUUGCAUGCCACUGUGUAAUGUACCGUCAGGUAACGGCCUGGCUUCUCCAUGGAAUGUUGCUUGACCGUCAUGCUGAAUUCUUCAUUCACCAGACCACUGAUCCUGGUCAACUGUUGACCCCUAGUCCUGAUGAUGAUGAUCUUGGUCUCGGUGGGGUGACCAGUAGGCAGCUUCAAGAUAUCAUGCAACUUUCUGAAGAUGGGAUAUCAUCAGAGACCGAACACAGUCGUUUUGCCAUCCAUCCUGCCAUGUUACCCAGCUAUAUCCCUGCGAGGGCAGCAGACAAAAUUCUCUUUGUUGGGGAAUCUGUUCAGAUGUUUGAAAGCAAGAAACAAAGUACAGCCAUGAAAUACACAGACUCAGUUCUUGGUGAGAAUGAAGCAGAAUUUGCCAGCAGACUUCAUGAUCUUCAAGAGAAACCAAUCUUUAUGAUUCAAGACUUUGAGGAUGCUGUAGAUGAGAUCAGAGUUUGUGUGGCUGAGCAUCUAUGGAAACUUGUCGUGGAGGAGUUUAACCUUGUCGGAAAGUUGAAUAUGUUCAAAGAUUUCUUUCUUCUUGGGAGAGGUGAAUUAUUCCUUGCUUUCAUUGAUCAAGCUCAGACUCUCUUAAAGAAUCCAGCCACUUCAACAACAGAACAUGAUGUAAAUGUAGCAUUCCAGCAGGCAGCUCAUAAGAUUCUCUUUGAUGAUGAUACUUCACUAUCAAGGUUUAGACUCACCAUAUCAGGCAAGAUCAGUAAACCUGCUUCCAAGAAGAGCGAAGGCAGCAGACAAGUGCGUGGUAUUGGUGAGAGUGGCUGGUCGUGUCUUGGGAUGACAUUCGCUGUUCAGUGGCCUCUUCAUAUCUUGUUCACACAAAGUGUCUUAGAAAGAUACAACAUGCUAUUCAGAUUCCUUCUCAAUGUCAAACGAGUUCAGCUUGAGUUACAGCAGUGCUGGGCCGUUCAGAUGCAACACAAACAUCAAAACUUUAAACGUUGGGAUGCAGCUCAAUGGCGGCUUCGUUCACAUAUGGCCUUUCUCAUUGAUAACCUUCAGUACUAUCUCCAGGUUGAUGUGUUAGAAACCCAUUUCAUUCAGCUUCUACAGAAGAUUGAAUUAAAAAGAGAUUUUGAAGCUGUUCGUCUGGCCCAUGAUCAGUUCUUAGUCUCACUCAUAACCCAAUGCUUCCUGCUCACAAAACCAGUCCAUCAUUGUUUGACUGAGAUCCUUGAUUUAUGUUACUCAUUCUGUAGUCUCAUGAUGCAGACCUCAACAGUUACUGAUAGAGAACUUACACACAUGGAUAAACUAGCUCAGGGUUUCAAUCGUCAGUCAUCGCUCCUGUUCAAGAUCUUAUCAGGGGUUCGUAACCACCAUGCUAGCCCUCACCUGACUCAACUUUUACUGAGACUAGAUUUCAACAAGUAUUACAGCCAGGCAGAAGGUGCACUAGCAAGAUAGCUGACAACUGAGGACUUACAAAAUAAUUAUUAAUGAAACAUUGAUUCAUUAAUCAUGAACAGACUUUAUGAAGUUCCUUGUUUAAAGACAAUGUGCGAGUGUUUCAGAAACACUCUUCAAGUUUUCAGAUGACUUGCCUUUAUUUCGAUUGGCUGAGAAGUACAGAUGUCUGACAGUUCCUAUGGUAACUGUAGGAUAAGACAAACUUGGUCUGAUAAAGACAUCUGACAAAUCCUUUUAUGACCUACUCCUUAGAUACAGCCAGCAGAUUUUUGUUGGAAAAUCAUGAAAUUUGUGGGUUUAAAAUCUUGCAAAGUGAUUCCUC